AUGGACUCUGCUGGAAACCGAUCUGUCCUGUCCAAUGACAUGCAGGAGCUUCGCGCCGGAAAGGAGGAGAUCUCCCACAAGAUUCAGGGCCACAAGGCGAACCUGUCCAACCCCAACACCAGCGAGGCUAGCAAGGAGAACAGCAGGAAGGAGAUUGAGUCUCUCGGCGGAGACGUCAACCACUACGGGCAGGAGAGUGACCCCCGAAGCAAGAGUGCUGCUGAGAACCUUGAGGGCAGCCGAGCUGCUUAA